CACCUCCUUGUCUGAACAUUGAAAAGAGAGUUUAGAAAGAAAGCUCCAUAGUAGACGUGAGAAAACCCUGAUUUUUUCUACCUGGAUUUCCACUAAAUCAACAAUUUCUCACAGAGAUAAGGAUCAGGGUGUAUGUUGUUUCAGUAGUUGGAGGAAGAAUGAAGGGUCAUGAAGCAAAGAUGCCUAGAAUGGAGGAUAUUCUAAACCUUCCGGUGCAGGAUCCUCCUUGCCUGGAAUUUUCUGCAGCUCAUCUAAAUUGGGUUAAAGUGGAAGGUGGUCGUCAAGGUGGUGAUGAUAUCGCUUUAAUUCCUUUUGCUAGGGUGGAUAAUUUUGUGAAAGGAGAGUCUACUAAUGCAGAGUGCCCUGCUAGCUUUCGUGUUGAAUCAAGAAGGAAGAGACCUGAAGGGAGCAUCAGCAAACCAAGGGUCGAUGGCUACCUUGAAUAUACACUAUACUGGUGUUCUUAUGGUCCCGAAGACUACCGGAACAGCGAGCCUGGUAUUUGGAACAACUCAAAAAUUAAACCUGCAUCAGGUAAGGGAAGCAGGCCCGGGAGACGUCACAUGAUGAGAGGAUGUCUUUGCCAUUUUACUGUUAAACGCUUAUACAUCCGCCCCCUUCUCGCUCUUAUAAUCUACAACCAGCGAAACCAUGUAGAUAAAACAGGGGCUCCAUGUCAUGGAAUACUUGACCAGGAUGCCGUGGGAACAAGAGCUAUGUAUGCUCCCCGAAUUUCUGAGGAUCUACGCCAGAAAGUGAUGUCUAUGCUUUAUGUUGGAAUUUCUUUGGACAAUAUAAUCCAGCAUCACAUGGAGGAGGUGCAGAAGCAUGGAGGGCCCCACAACCGAGACGAUUUUCUUACUAGGAAUGAUGUUCGUAACAUGGAGAGACUUAUUCAUAACUCCUCUCAUGAAUUGCAUCCAAAUGAUGGAUGCAGUGUAAAGAUGUGGGUGCAACGCCACCAAAAACAUGUUUUCUUCUUCCAAGAAAAUUCUGGUCCAGAACCAUUUGUUUUAGGACUACAAACAGAUUGGCAGCUGCAGCAGAUGCUCCGCAAUGGACAGAAUGGUUCAGUAGCUUUUCAUUCAGGAUUUGGCUCAAAGAAAUUUAAGUAUCCUCUGUGUACAUUACUUGUUUUUGACUCAUCCCAGAAUGCGAUACCGGUUGCCUGGGUCAUUACUUCUUGCUGUGUCGGUCAAGUUAUCAAUAAAUGGAUGGUGUCACUUGUUGGGAGGAUCCGAACCAAGGACCCCAGGUGGAGACCAAAUGCCUUUUUGGUAGACGAUCCUUCCCUUGGCACAUCUAUUAUCAGAGAGGCGUUCCAAUGUCGGGUCCUACUAUGCCUUUGGCAUGUCCGCCGUGCUUGGAUAAAAAGCCUUAUAAAGAAGUGCUGCAACUUUGAUGUGCAGCGAGAGAUGUUUAAGCACUUAGGCCGGAUUCUGUAUUGCACAAGAAGCAGGCCAAACACUAUAGAUGCAGUUGAAGAAUUCAUGCAAAUAUAUGUCGAUCAACGUGCCUUCAUGGAUUAUUUCAGAAAUCAGUGGUUACCGAGGAUAGAAAUGUGGGUGAAUGGCAUAAGGACUCUCCCUGUGGCAAGUCAAGAGCAUUAUGCUGCAAUUGAGUUAUAUCACUUCAGGUUGAAAUCCAAAUUCUUUAACGAGCUACACACUAGCUCCCAACAAAGAGUUGAUUGGUUGAUACACAUAUUGACGACUGAAUUUCACUCCUUAUAUUGGCUUGAUCAAUAUGGAGUGGAGACUGGACACUUCAAAAAUCCAAUGGAUGUGUCCUCAACCAACUCUUGGUAUCAGGCUAUUCACAUCUCAGAUGUCGAUGUAUUGUUAGAUGAGGAAAAUCUCCAGCUUGCAAAAGUCGUUUCUCAAUCAGACAGAAGUUUGGCAUAUACAAUUUGGAACCCUGGUUCAGAAUUCUCGAUCUGUGAUUGUCCCUGGUCAAGGCUGGGGAAUCUCUGUAAGCAUGUUGUUAAGGUGGCAAUCUUUUGUAAAAAUCGUCAAGUUGCAAGGCCGUUAUUAGCAGCUCAAGUUUAUAGGCAGACCUUGCUUAACCUUCUGCAGAACUCCCCAGACGAUCCUGUAGUUCUCGAUCAUGCCAUUUUACAUGCAACACGCCUGCAACAGGACAUCAAAGGUUUGGAAGACUUGUCUAAUAAUGGGCUGCUCCAGCCUGUACCUCCUGAGACAAACUCUCAAUUGGUAGAUAAUCUCCUGCUUUUCCCACAACUCCAUUGAUUGGGUCAUUGAAGAGGAUAUACAUUAAUUUUUGGCUAAAGCCUGUCUGCUUGUAUCUCCAAGCUUAUCUCUGUGGCCCUGUGAGAAGAGUUUGUUCUGUGAUCUGCAAGCAAUCAGACCUGAAAUGGGCUCAGAACUUACAAAAACAUGUUUUAAAAUUUCAAGAUGUCUUCAAGAGAAUUUUCCAUUCCUAUUCUUCGCAUGUGGAGCUAGUCUCAACUUUGGAAAAAAGGAGGAUUGAGUUGGAUAGAUGAAAAGCUAAUAGACCCUUGGGCUCAUGAUCUUGAGAAAUCAAGUAAUACUAGGACAGUCUUUAAAUGACUCAUUGUUUCAGCUUUUCGGUGCUUUGCACGAUGGGCAAGGGCAUUGCAUCGGCACCCGGAUGUAAUGAAAAGAGGAUAAGCGAGGAACCUCAGUUUUGACCAUGAGCAUAUGAACUAUUUGCUGGUUACGAGUGAAGUCCUAAGAACGUGAUAUGCAGAUGCAAUUACUACAGAAAUGUUCUUUGUGUUAUGAUGAAUAAGGACAAGAAGAUGAAGAAUUAAAGUGCGUUGAAUGGAAUAAUAUCUCUCAUUAUGAAGUAUGGUGGUGGAAGGAAAACAGUUUCUUGAAAGGAUCAAUAUAAAGGCGGUGGUGGAGGAGAUGUUUAUGGAAUGCCGGUGAUUGGUGGCAAUGGUCCCUCAUAUACUGGAGCAAGUGGUGGGGGACAAUGAAUUGGGGGUGGUGACUAGUUUUAA